AUGGGACAAGUCAGGAAAAGACCCCAAGACGAGGAUUCCUCUUCCUCCUCCUCCAAAAUUGACCCCAACAAUAAGCACUACCGCCGUCACAGCAGCCACUCUCCGUCAUCCGCAACAAAUGAUUUUGGCCCCCGCCCUCAUUACAAUUCCCAUCAACAAAUAAUGGGUAAGCGCUCAAAAUUCAUCUCAUACCUUGAAGUCCCCUCUUUGACCCCCAAGGUGAAAAUCCUUUGUGAAAUCAUAUCUAACACUCCCUCUGCGAGUGUGGAGAAGUUGCUUGAAGAUACGGGCAUCCGGGUGUCACAAGAAGACGUAGAGGAGGUGCUCAAACUGUCAUAUGGGUUCGCGGGCCCGGCAGUGAAGUUCUUUCGAUGGUCCGGGUUCCAGUUGAAUGAUAAGCACAGUCCGUAUGCUUGGAACUUGGUUGUGGAUUUGUUGGGCAAGAAUGGUCUGUUUGAUGCAAUGUGGGAUGCUAUUAAGUCCAUGAGGAAAGAAGGCUUGCUGUCGUUGGCUACCUUUGCGUCUGUUUUUAGUAGUUAUGUGGUAGGGAAUCGUGUACAGGAUGCAUUAAUGACAUUUGAGGUAAUCGAUCAGUAUGGUGUGCCGAGGGAUGUUGUGGCGUUGAAUUCACUGCUGAGUGCAAUUUGCAGAGAAGGGAAGACACCAGAGGCAAACGACUUUUUUGUUGUUGCAAGGAAUACACUUAGGGUGGACGCGGAUUCGUAUGCAAUUUUGUUGGAGGGGUUGGAAAACGAGGGUGAUGUGGGUAGAGCUAGGCAGAUUUUUUCGGAGAUGGUGGCUGACAUUGGCUGGGAUCCAAGGAACGUGCCUGCUUAUGAUUCAUUCCUGAGUACUCUGCUUAAGGGUCCUGAAGGUGUUCACGAGGCAUUGAAAUAUUUAAAUACAAUGACAGUUAGGGGAUGUUACCCUGGGAUGAAAUUCUUUAAGUUUGCAAUUGAUGUAUGUGUGAGGAAGAGUGAUGCAAAAGGAGCUACACUGCUUUUGGAGGCGAUGGUUGGUAAAAAUGUUUGUAGGCCAGAUACAGGAAUGUAUAAUUCAUUGAUUUCGUUGUAUUGUAAUCUCAAGGAUUUUGAUUUUGCUAAAAGUUUGUUAGAUGAGAUGGUUUAUAAUGGGGCUUUCCCUGAUUCUGAAACUUACAACCUACUGUUUCACUUUUUAAUUAGAUGCAAAAGGCUGAGAGAGGCUACUCCAAUCUUUAAUGAGAUGGUGAAAAAUGAGUAUGUGCCUAUACUGGCAGACUGCAGUGCCGCAGUUAAGGCCUACAUAGAAGUUAAGGAUCCUCGUAUGGCAAUUAGGAUAUGGAGAUGCAUGGUUGAAAAUUAUAGUUCGGAUUUGGAGGAAACCAGUAAUUUGUUGGUUUUGGGGCUUCGAGACAUCAAUUGGGUUCCUGAAGCAGUUAAAUUUGCUGAGGAUGUGAUAGAAAGAGGAAUCAAAAGUGGAAAACACAUUAGGUUUUCCUCAUAUGGUGCUGCUACCUUUGUAAAUUGUAGGUAUCAAAACUGUUGCCUUGAGAGGAAAUUUAAGAACAAGUCAGACCCUGUUGCAGAUGAUAAAGAGUUUUAG